AUAAAAAAUAAAAAAGAAAAGAGAAAGAGGCAGAGCUUGAUCGGCAUUGGGGCUUUUGGGUCUGAGAAUCUGACUAUUACGGUGCGAAAACGCUCCGUUUCGUCGGUGGAUGGGGCUAGAGGGAGCUUGGCGGAGAGGACUUUUCCCAGGAUUUGUAUCUGGGAGUAUGAUGGGGAGGCUUCGAUGUUCUACAGAAACGGCAAAGGUUUCGAUCGAGAUGGGUUUGGCGAGUUCCGGCGAAGUCCCUGUUGUUUUUCUGGCGAGCCCAAGAAGCCUGGCCAGACCAUAUCAAACGGGCAUAAGAACUACGAUUUGAUGCUCAAUCUUCAACUGGGUAUUAGAUACUCUAUUGGGAAGCAUGCUUCGAUAGUGAAAGAUCUUAAGCCAAGUGAUUUCAAUCCCAAAGAGAAGUUCUGGACCAGGUUUCCACCGGAAGGAUCGAACAAAACGCCACCCCAUCAGUCGUUUGAGUUUCGGUGGAAGGACUAUUGUCCUAUGGUGUUCAGACACAGCUUUACCGUCUGACUGAGCACAUCUUGAGGAAAGCAAAUCUUCCUGUGAUCCGUAGAACUGCAGAUACGGAGUUAGCUGUUGCAGAUGCAAUUCUGUCACGUUUCACAGCUUCCACAAAGGCUUCAUGAAGUUCGUGUGUCCAACGCAUUCUGGGUUUGGUUGGGGCAGACAUGGACAGAGACAGGGAGAGAAGAAAGUAAAGAGAGAAGAAAUCAUUAGUUUACAUUUUCAUGGUAUUAAUUUGUUUGGCUGUAGAACCAUUUGUUCAUACUUCUGUUCAUGGUUCUAA